AUGGUUGCCGGAAGGAAUGAUGAAGCUAUCGCUGAGGCAUUGGCAAUGUUGGCUGGCGCCAUUGGGCAAGGUCAGCAAGCGAACCUUGGGAACCAUAAUCAGGAUGAAUUCCGUGCUUUGGGAAAGUUUCAGAGGAACAAUCCGCCAACCUUUGAAGGAGCAUACGACCCUGACAAAGCACAGGCAUGGCUGAAAGCAAUUGAGAAGAUCUUUCGAGUCAUGAAUUGUACUGACGCGCAGAAGGUGCAGUUUGGCACCCAUAUGCUUGAGAAAGAAGCUGAAGAUUGGUGGGACAACACUGUUCAGAGGUUUGAAGGUGAUGGGAUGGAGAUUACUUGGGAUCUUUUCAAGGGUGCAUUUCUGGAGAAGUACUAUCCAGAAGAUGUGCGUGGAAAGAAGGAAAUUGAGUUUCUUGAACUGAAGCAGGGUAAUGGAACCGUGGCGGAGUAUGCUACAAAGUUUGAGGAAUUGAUUAAGUUUUGUCCCCACUACAAUACUGCCGAAGCUGAGAGAUCUAAGUGUAACAAGUUUGUGAAUGGUUUGAGACCUGAGAUCAAGAAUGUUGUGGGAUAUCAACAGAUUAUCCGAUUUUCUGACCUGGUUAACAGGAGUAGGAUAUAUGAUGAGGAUAGCAGGGAAAGUGCUGCUCACUACAAGUCUUUGAAAGAGAAGAAAGAAAAGGGGCAAUUCAGAGGGAAACCGUAUGGGAAUCCUGCUAAUAAGGGUAAACAAGAAGCUGGUCAUGACAAGAAGCCGAGUGGGGGAGGAGCUCCUAAUCCGGUUAGGUGCUACAAGUGUGGUGUUGAAGGACAUCGUUCUCCUGAAUGUCCCAAUUCAUAAGCAACAUGAUUUAAGUGUGGCAAGCUGGGCCACAAAUCCUUUGAGUGCCUAGAAGGUAAAACUGUGGCAUGCUACAGAUGUGGAGAGUAAGGUCACAUCAGUACUAAUUGUGAAAAACCCAAGAAGGAUCUUGCAAGGGGGAAGGUGUUUGCUUUAUCUGGUGCUGAGACUACUGCUGAGGAUAGACUAAUUCGAAGUACGUGCUUUAUUAAUGGUACAUCUUUGAUUGCCAUUAUUAUUAUGGGUGUGAUGCAUUCUUUAUUUCAUUGGAGCUUGAGAGUCAGAUGAGGGAGUCCUACCCGAAUUGUUCGUUUAAGGAAAUUUUCGAGGGCGAAAAUUCUUAAGUGGGGGAGAGUUGUAACACCCCGUUUUUAAUUAAAAUAAUGUUGGUAUUUUAUUUUAAUUAAGAUUAUAUUGUAUGGUGGUUUAAUAGGUGAUAUAAUAAUACUUUAAUGAAAUAAAAUAUUUUUUUUGUGAUGCUGGGUGUGUUUUAUGAAAUGGAAGAGAGCUAGGGGUGAAAGUUAGGAUUAAAAAUAGAGACAAGGACUAGGAGAGAUUUUAGGAUUUUUAGUUCAGCCCUUGAGGAAUUAGGUUUAGAUGGUUUAAUAAGGAUAGGGAAGCAGCUAAAGAAAAAAAAAAUAAGAAAGAAGAUGACGCGUGAAAGAAGGAGAAAAAAAAAAGAAGAAGGCUGUGCGUGAAGUAGCAGGAAGAGAGGGAGAGCGGAUCGGCUUCGGAGAAUUCGAUCGGGAACGGGGAGCUGCACUCAAUCCAAAGGUAAUCAGGAGGAGUAGUCUAUAGCCUUUAUUUCGAGUUGGAGUCCUUGCUCUGAUACGUAUCACUCGGGGGGGAAAUGGACGCUUGUUUUCCUUCUGUUAUAAUUUGAAUUAAGUUGUUAUUUGAGAAGUUGUUUCUGUUUUAAGUUGUGGGCAAGAUACUAUGUUUUCUUUAAGUUUUAAAGACAUUGGAUUCGCUGCAUAACUAUUUGUCAAAGUGAACUAGUUCAAAGACUAAUUAACUGUCACAAGAGCAUUUAAGUUUA